AUGUCUGUUAAAAUCCUCUACGUUUUACUCGCCACACUGUUCUGCUUCAAUACCAUUGAUGGAACCAGGUCGGCAUUAGGGAGACUGAAGGCACAUCUCCAAAAGGAUAGAAAUGCUGGCAUCAGUGUUGAUCUCCCCAAUGAGAAACGGGUUAACAUAAGUAUGUUGCCAAUGUCGAUUUCCAAUCUCAAUGCUGCUGAGCGGACAUUCACUUUUAGUGCUUGUUUCUCCACAACGUGGCUCGACAGAAAUCUGGCUUGGAACAAAACCGAUUACGAAAAUAUUACGAAAGUGACCAUCUCUGAGAAACAUGUGUGGACACCUGUCUUUGCCAUUCCUAAUGCCCUUGAAGACGUAACUAUGUCGUCAAACCAAUUGCCGAAGAUUAACAUGUAUGGAAUAACAACACUUCAGUUUCUUGAGGGUUUCAAGACCACUUGUCAAAUAGACAUCACUCUGUACCCGUUUGACCAGCAGCGAUGUAGCAUCCUGUUCACACCUGCAAACAAUUUCGAUCUUGGAAUAGCUACGACAGGUUCUAUUAUACAGGGACUGCCAUCUUUCUUCAUUGAGAACAGUGAAUGGGAGUUGGUCGACAUACUAGCCAAGGAUGUACAUGUUAACAAGCCCGGGAUAUCAAGUGUUGCAUCCUUUGAAUUUCUUCUGAAACGCAAGAGCAUGUUCUAUAUAGUGAGUAUCAUCUUUCCCAUGACUCUUCUCUCUCUGCUCAACGCCUGUGUGUUCCUCCUACCAGCUGACUCCGGAGAGAAGAUGUCCUACCUCAUCUCAAUAUUUGUAUCCUAUGCAGUGUUCUUGAACUUCGUCAACGACUCAAUUCCCAAGUCUGGAGACGUUUGUCGACUGUCUGUGUACCUGACCCUCGUUCUUUGCCAGAGCUGCCUGGCUAUCCUCACAACCAUGGCCAUCCUCAAUGUCCGCAGUAGGGGUCUCCGACUUCAGACCAAGUCUGGUGUACAUCCAGCGAAUGCCAAAGUCACCACGAACGGCACUGAACGUCCACAUCUGAAGUGUGCAACAAAAACAGACCUAGUUUUGUUCGGAGUGUUCCUGCUUCUGGCACUGAUGUCUCUGCUGGUGUUUUGUGUAUAG